AUGUUACCAUUCAAAGGGAUCAGAAGGGGAGUCAGUGCUGAAGAUCUUUACGCUUCAAAAAUAAUUGACAAGACAUUAUACGAAGAACUGAGCGCCGGAAAGAUCACAGCUGACGAUGUCAGUGAAAUGGAUUCGGUGCGCAAGUACCUGCAAGGGACAAACAGCAUAGCUGGUGUGUUUGUUCAGUCCACCGGUCAGACCAUGAGCAUCUACGGCGCAAAGUCCAAAGGCCUCCUCACUCCCGGAACGACCCUGGUGCUACUCGAAGCCCAAGCCGCUACGGGGUUUCUGAUCGACCCCAUCAACAACAGGAAGCUCUCUGUAGACGAGGCGGUAGCUGCGGGCGUGGUGGGCUCGGAGCUGAAAAGCAAACUGCUUUCCGCAGAGAAGGCAGUCACAGGCUACACGGACCCCUACACGGGGGGCACCAUUUCCCUGUUCCAGGCCUUGAAGAAGGACCUGAUAGUCAAGGACCACGGCAUUCGCCUCCUGGAGGCGCAGAUUGCCACCGGAGGCAUCAUCGACCCAGUGCACAGCCACCGAGUGCCUGUGGAAGUGGCGUACCAGCGGGGAUAUUUUGACGCGGAAAUGAACCAAAUUCUGUCCGACCCGGACGACGACACCAAGGGCUUCUUUGACCCCAACACUCAGGAGAACCUCACGUACUUGCAGUUGCUGGAGAGAUGCGUGAGCGAUCCGGCUACUGGCCUUAGCUUGCUUGUCGUCGUCAAGAAAGGAGAGUACUACUUCUUCGUUGACGAACAGACGAAGGCCAUUCUGAAAUCGACCACAACCACUGAAGCCGGGGGUUCGUUUCGAGGAAAAGUCGUGUCCCUUUGGGAUCUCCUCUACUCCAAGUACGUAAGUGAAGAGAAAAGGAGGGAACUCGUGCAGCAGUCCAAAUCUGGGGUCAUCACGAGUGAGCGCUUCCUGGAAAUCCUACUGACAAUAAUUGAGCAGGAGACAGGCUGUGGUGCAAAGUCAAAGACGGAGCAAAAAGAAACGCACUCCACCACCACUACUAUCACAACUACUACAACACUUACAGACAGCACCAAGGUCUCACAAUUCAAGGGUUUAAGAAGGGCGGUCACUGCCGCCGACCUUUUCGAUUCAAAAAUCAUCGACAAGCAGCUGUACGAUGAGCUGAGCGCCGGAAAGAUCACAGCUGACGAUGUCAGUCAAAUGGAUUCGGUGCGCAAGUACCUGCAAGGGACAAACAGCAUAGCUGGUGUGUUUGUUCAGUCCACCGGUCAGACCAUGAGCAUCUACGACGCAAAGUCCAAAGGCCUCCUCACUCCCGGAACGACCCUGGUGCUACUGGAAGCCCAAGCCGCUACGGGGUUUCUGAUCGACCCCGUCAACAACAGGAAGCUCUCUGUAGACGAGGCGGUAGCUGCGGGCGUGGUGGCCUCGGAGCUGAAAAGCAAACUGCUUUCCGCAGAGAAGGCAGUCACAGGCUACACGGACCCCUACACGGGGGGCACCAUUUCCCUGUUCCAGGCCUUGAAGAAGGACCUGAUAGUCAAGGACCACGGCAUUCGCCUCCUGGAGGCGCAGAUUGCCACCGGAGGCAUCAUCGACCCAGUGCACAGCCACCGAGUGCCUGUGGAAGUGGCGUACCAGCGGGGAUAUUUUGACGCGGAAAUGAACCAAAUUCUGUCCGACCCGGACGACGACACCAAGGGCUUCUUUGACCCCAACACUCAGGAGAACCUCACGUACUUGCGGUUGCUGGAGAGAUGCGUGAGAGAUCCGGCUACUGGCCUUAGCUUGCUUGUCGUCGUCAAGAAAGGAGAGUACUACUUCUUCGUUGACGAACAGACGAAGGCCAUUCUGAAAUCGACCACAACCACUGAAGCCGGGGGUUCGUUUCGAGGAAAAGUCGUGUCCCUUUGGGAUCUCCUCUACUCCAAGUACGUAAGUGAAGAGAAAAGGAGGGAACUCGUGCAGCAGUCCAAAUCUGGGGUCAUCACGAGUGAGCGCUUCCUGGAAAUCCUACUGACAAUAAUUGAGCAGGAGACAGGCUGUGGUGCAAAGUCAAAGACGGAGCAAAAAGAAACGCACUCCACCACCACUACUAUCACAACUACUACAACACUUACAGACAGCACCAAGGUCUCACAAUUCAAGGGUUUAAGAAGGGCGGUCACUGCCGCCGACCUUUUCGAUUCAAAAAUCAUCGACAAGCAGCUGUACGAUGAGCUGAGCGCCGGAAAGAUCACAGCUGACGAUGUCAGUGAAAUGGAUUCGGUGCGCAAGUACCUGCAAGGGACAAACAGCAUAGCUGGUGUGUUUGUUCAGUCCACCGGUCAGACCAUGAGCAUCUACGGCGCAAAGUCCAAAGGCCUCCUCACUCCCGGAACGACCCUGGUGCUACUCGAAGCCCAAGCCGCUACGGGGUUUCUGAUCGACCCCAUCAACAACAGGAAGCUCUCUGUAGACGAGGCGGUAGCUGCGGGCGUGGUGGGCUCGGAGCUGAAAAGCAAACUGCUUUCCGCAGAGAAGGCAGUCACAGGCUACACGGACCCCUACACGGGGGGCACCAUUUCCCUGUUCCAGGCCUUGAAGAAGGACCUGAUAGUCAAGGACCACGGCAUUCGCCUCCUGGAGGCGCAGAUUGCCACCGGAGGCAUCAUCGACCCAGUGCACAGCCACCGAGUGCCUGUGGAAGUGGCGUACCAGCGGGGAUAUUUUGACGCGGAAAUGAACCAAAUUCUGUCCGACCCGGACGACGACACCAAGGGCUUCUUUGACCCCAACACUCAGGAGAACCUCACGUACUUGCAGUUGCUGGAGAGAUGCGUGAGAGAUCCGGCUACUGGCCUUAGCUUGCUUGUCGUCGUCAAGAAAGGAGAGUACUACUUCUUCGUUGACGAACAGACGAAGGCCAUUCUGAAAUCGACCACAACCACUGAAGCCGGGGGUUCGUUUCGAGGAAAAGUCGUGUCCCUUUGGGAUCUCCUCUACUCCAAGUACGUAAGUGAAGAGAAAAGGAGGGAACUCGUGCAGCAGUCCAAAUCUGGGGUCAUCACGAGUGAGCGCUUCCUGGAAAUCCUACUGACAAUAAUUGAGCAGGAGACAGGCUGUGGUGCAAAGUCAAAGACGGAGCAAAAAGAAACGCACUCCACCACCACUACUAUCACAACUACUACAACACUUACAGACAGCACCAAGGUCUCACAAUUCAAGGGUUUAAGAAGGGCGGUCACUGCCGCCGACCUUUUCGAUUCAAAAAUCAUCGACAAGCAGCUGUACGAUGAGCUGAGCGCCGGAAAGAUCACAGCUGACGAUGUCAGUCAAAUGGAUUCGGUGCGCAAGUACCUGCAAGGGACAAACAGCAUAGCUGGUGUGUUUGUUCAGUCCACCGGUCAGACCAUGAGCAUCUACGACGCAAAGUCCAAAGGCCUCCUCACUCCCGGAACGACCCUGGUGCUACUGGAAGCCCAAGCCGCUACGGGGUUUCUGAUCGACCCCGUCAACAACAGGAAGCUCUCUGUAGACGAGGCGGUAGCUGCGGGCGUGGUGGCCUCGGAGCUGAAAAGCAAACUGCUUUCCGCAGAGAAGGCAGUCACAGGCUACACGGACCCCUACACGGGGGGCACCAUUUCCCUGUUCCAGGCCUUGAAGAAGGACCUGAUAGUCAAGGACCACGGCAUUCGCCUCCUGGAGGCGCAGAUUGCCACCGGAGGCAUCAUCGACCCAGUGCACAGCCACCGAGUGCCUGUGGAAGUGGCGUACCAGCGGGGAUAUUUUGACGCGGAAAUGAACCAAAUUCUGUCCGACCCGGACGACGACACCAAGGGCUUCUUUGACCCCAACACUCAGGAGAACCUCACGUACUUGCAGUUGCUGGAGAGAUGCGUGAGAGAUCCGGCUACUGGCCUUAGCUUGCUUGUCGUCGUCAAGAAAGGAGAGUACUACUUCUUCGUUGACGAGCAGACGAAGGCCAUUCUGAAAUCGACCACAACCACUGAAGCCGGGGGUUCGUUUCGAGGAAAAGUCGUGUCCCUUUGGGAUCUCCUCUACUCCAAGUACGUAAGUGAAGAGAAAAGGAGGGAACUCGUGCAGCAGUCCAAAUCUGGGGUCAUCACGAGUGAGCGCUUCCUGGAAAUCCUACUGACAAUAAUUGAGCAGGAGACAGGCUGUGGUGCAAAGUCAAAGACGGAGCAAAAAGAAACGCACUCCACCACCACUACUAUCACAACUACUACAACACUUACAGACAGCACCAAGGUCUCACAAUUCAAGGGUUUAAGAAGGGCGGUCACUGCCGCCGACCUUUUCGAUUCAAAAAUCAUCGACAAGCAGCUGUACGAUGAGCUGAGCGCCGGAAAGAUCACAGCUGACGAUGUCAGUGAAAUGGAUUCGGUGCGCAAGUACCUGCAAGGGACAAACAGCAUAGCUGGUGUGUUUGUUCAGUCCACCGGUCAGACCAUGAGCAUCUACGACGCAAAGUCCAAAGGCCUCCUCACUCCCGGAACGACCCUGGUGCUACUCGAAGCCCAAGCCGCUACGGGGUUUCUGAUCGACCCCGUCAACAACAGGAAGCUCUCUGUAGACGAGGCGGUAGCUGCGGGCGUGGUGGCCUCGGAGCUGAAAAGCAAACUGCUUUCCGCAGAGAAGGCAGUCACAGGCUACACGGACCCCUACACGGGGGGCACCAUUUCCCUGUUCCAGGCCUUGAAGAAGGACCUGAUAGUCAAGGACCACGGCAUUCGCCUCCUGGAGGCGCAGAUUGCCACCGGAGGCAUCAUCGACCCAGUGCACAGCCACCGAGUGCCUGUGGAAGUGGCGUACCAGCGGGGAUAUUUUGACGCGGAAAUGAACCAAAUUCUGUCCGACCCGGACGACGACACCAAGGGCUUCUUUGACCCCAACACUCAGGAGAACCUCACGUACUUGCAGUUGCUGGAGAGAUGCGUGAGCGAUCCGGCUACUGGCCUUAGCUUGCUUGUCGUCGUCAAGAAAGGAGAGUACUACUUCUUCGUUGACGAACAGACGAAGGCCAUUCUGAAAUCGACCACAACCACUGAAGCCGGGGGUUCGUUUCGAGGAAAAGUCGUGUCCCUUUGGGAUCUCCUCUACUCCAAGUACGUAAGUGAAGAGAAAAGGAGGGAACUCGUGCAGCAGUCCAAAUCUGGGGUCAUCACGAGUGAGCGCUUCCUGGAAAUCCUACUGACAAUAAUUGAGCAGGAGACAGGCUGUGGUGCAAAGUCAAAGACGGAGCAAAAAGAAACGCACUCCACCACCACUACUAUCACAACUACUACAACACUUACAGACAGCACCAAGGUCUCACAAUUCAAGGGUUUAAGAAGGGCGGUCACUGCCGCCGACCUUUUCGAUUCAAAAAUCAUCGACAAGCAGCUGUACGAUGAGCUGAGCGCCGGAAAGAUCACAGCUGACGAUGUCAGUGAAAUGGAUUCGGUGCGCAAGUACCUGCAAGGGACAAACAGCAUAGCUGGUGUGUUUGUUCAGUCCACCGGUCAGACCAUGAGCAUCUACGGCGCAAAGUCCAAAGGCCUCCUCACUCCCGGAACGACCCUGGUGCUACUCGAAGCCCAAGCCGCUACGGGGUUUCUGAUCGACCCCAUCAACAACAGGAAGCUCUCUGUAGACGAGGCGGUAGCUGCGGGCGUGGUGGGCUCGGAGCUGAAAAGCAAACUGCUUUCCGCAGAGAAGGCAGUCACAGGCUACACGGACCCCUACACGGGGGGCACCAUUUCCCUGUUCCAGGCCUUGAAGAAGGACCUGAUAGUCAAGGACCACGGCAUUCGCCUCCUGGAGGCGCAGAUUGCCACCGGAGGCAUCAUCGACCCAGUGCACAGCCACCGAGUGCCUGUGGAAGUGGCGUACCAGCGGGGAUAUUUUGACGCGGAAAUGAACCAAAUUCUGUCCGACCCGGACGACGACACCAAGGGCUUCUUUGACCCCAACACUCAGGAGAACCUCACGUACUUGCAGUUGCUGGAGAGAUGCGUGAGAGAUCCGGCUACUGGCCUUAGCUUGCUUGUCGUCGUCAAGAAAGGAGAGUACUACUUCUUCGUUGACGAACAGACGAAGGCCAUUCUGAAAUCGACCACAACCACUGAAGCCGGGGGUUCGUUUCGAGGAAAAGUCGUGUCCCUUUGGGAUCUCCUCUACUCCAAGUACGUAAGUGAAGAGAAAAGGAGGGAACUCGUGCAGCAGUCCAAAUCUGGGGUCAUCACGAGUGAGCGCUUCCUGGAAAUCCUACUGACAAUAAUUGAGCAGGAGACAGGCUGUGGUGCAAAGUCAAAGACGGAGCAAAAAGAAACGCACUCCACCACCACUACUAUCACAACUACUACAACACUUACAGACAGCACCAAGGUCUCACAAUUCAAGGGUUUAAGAAGGGCGGUCACUGCCGCCGACCUUUUCGAUUCAAAAAUCAUCGACAAGCAGCUGUACGAUGAGCUGAGCGCCGGAAAGAUCACAGCUGACGAUGUCAGUCAAAUGGAUUCGGUGCGCAAGUACCUGCAAGGGACAAACAGCAUAGCUGGUGUGUUUGUUCAGUCCACCGGUCAGACCAUGAGCAUCUACGACGCAAAGUCCAAAGGCCUCCUCACUCCCGGAACGACCCUGGUGCUACUGGAAGCCCAAGCCGCUACGGGGUUUCUGAUCGACCCCGUCAACAACAGGAAGCUCUCUGUAGACGAGGCGGUAGCUGCGGGCGUGGUGGCCUCGGAGCUGAAAAGCAAACUGCUUUCCGCAGAGAAGGCAGUCACAGGCUACACGGACCCCUACACGGGGGGCACCAUUUCCCUGUUCCAGGCCUUGAAGAAGGACCUGAUAGUCAAGGACCACGGCAUUCGCCUCCUGGAGGCGCAGAUUGCCACCGGAGGCAUCAUCGACCCAGUGCACAGCCACCGAGUGCCUGUGGAAGUGGCGUACCAGCGGGGAUAUUUUGACGCGGAAAUGAACCAAAUUCUGUCCGACCCGGACGACGACACCAAGGGCUUCUUUGACCCCAACACUCAGGAGAACCUCACGUACUUGCAGUUGCUGGAGAGAUGCGUGAGAGAUCCGGCUACUGGCCUUAGCUUGCUUGUCGUCGUCAAGAAAGGAGAGUACUACUUCUUCGUUGACGAGCAGACGAAGGCCAUUCUGAAAUCGACCACAACCACUGAAGCCGGGGGUUCGUUUCGAGGAAAAGUCGUGUCCCUUUGGGAUCUCCUCUACUCCAAGUACGUAAGUGAAGAGAAAAGGAGGGAACUCGUGCAGCAGUCCAAAUCUGGGGUCAUCACGAGUGAGCGCUUCCUGGAAAUCCUACUGACAAUAAUUGAGCAGGAGACAGGCUGUGGUGCAAAGUCAAAGACGGAGCAAAAAGAAACGCACUCCACCACCACUACUAUCACAACUACUACAACGCUUACAGACAGCACCAAGGUCUCACAAUUCAAGGGUUUAAGAAGGGCGGUCACUGCCGCCGACCUUUUCGAUUCAAAAAUCAUCGACAAGCAGCUGUACGAUGAGCUGAGCGCCGGAAAGAUCACAGCUGACGAUGUCAGUGAAAUGGAUUCGGUGCGCAAGUACCUGCAAGGGACAAACAGCAUAGCUGGUGUGUUUGUUCAGUCCACCGGUCAGACCAUGAGCAUCUACGACGCAAAGUCCAAAGGCCUCCUCACUCCCGGAACGACCCUGGUGCUACUCGAAGCCCAAGCCGCUACGGGGUUUCUGAUCGACCCCGUCAACAACAGGAAGCUCUCUGUAGACGAGGCGGUAGCUGCGGGCGUGGUGGGCUCGGAGCUGAAAAGCAAACUGCUUUCCGCAGAGAAGGCAGUCACAGGCUACACGGACCCCUACACGGGGGGCACCAUUUCCCUGUUCCAGGCCUUGAAGAAGGACCUGAUAGUCAAGGACCACGGCAUUCGCCUCCUGGAGGCGCAGAUUGCCACCGGAGGCAUCAUCGACCCAGUGCACAGCCACCGAGUGCCUGUGGAAGUGGCGUACCAGCGGGGAUAUUUUGACGCGGAAAUGAACCAAAUUCUGUCCGACCCGGACGACGACACCAAGGGCUUCUUUGACCCCAACACUCAGGAGAACCUCACGUACUUGCAGUUGCUGGAGAGAUGCGUGAGAGAUCCGGUUACUGGCCUUAGCUUGCUUGUCGUCGUCAAGAAAGGAGAGUACUACUUCUUCGUUGACGAGCAGACGAAGGCCAUUCUGAAAUCGACCACAACCACUGAAGCCGGGGGUUCGUUUCGAGGAAAAGUCGUGUCCCUUUGGGAUCUCCUCUACUCCAAGUACGUAAGUGAAGAGAAAAGGAGGGAACUCGUGCAGCAGUCCAAAUCUGGGGUCAUCACGAGUGAGCGCUUCCUGGAAAUCCUACUGACAAUAAUUGAGCAGGAGACAGGCUGUGGUGCAAAGUCAAAGACGGAGCAAAAAGAAACGCACUCCACCACCACUACUAUCACAACUACUACAACACUUACAGACAGCACCAAGGUCUCACAAUUCAAGGGUUUAAGAAGGGCGGUCACUGCCGCCGACCUUUUCGAUUCAAAAAUCAUCGACAAGCAGCUGUACGAUGAGCUGAGCGCCGGAAAGAUCACAGCUGACGAUGUCAGUGAAAUGGAUUCGGUGCGCAAGUACCUGCAAGGGACAAACAGCAUAGCUGGUGUGUUUGCUCAGUCCACCGGUCAGACCAUGAGCAUCUACGACGCAAAGUCCAAAGGCCUCCUCACUCCCGGAACGACCCUGGUGCUACUCGAAGCCCAAGCCGCUACGGGGUUUCUGAUCGACCCCGUCAACAACAGGAAGCUCUCUGUAGACGAGGCGGUAGCUGCGGGCGUGGUGGCCUCGGAGCUGAAAAGCAAACUGCUUUCCGCAGAGAAGGCAGUCACAGGCUACACGGACCCCUACACGGGGGGCACCAUUUCCCUGUUCCAGGCCUUGAAGAAGGAACUGAUAGUCAAGGACCACGGCAUUCGCCUCCUGGAGGCGCAGAUUGCCACCGGAGGCAUCAUCGACCCAGUGCACAGCCACCGAGUGCCUGUGGAAGUGGCGUACCAGCGGGGAUAUUUUGACGCGGAAAUGAACCAAAUUCUGUCCGACCCGGACGACGACACCAAGGGCUUCUUUGACCCCAACACUCAGGAGAACCUCACGUACUUGCAGUUGCUGGAGAGAUGCGUGAGAGAUCCGGUUACUGGCCUUAGCUUGCUUGUCGUCGUCAAGAAAGGAGAGUACUACUUCUUCGUUGACGAGCAGACGAAGGCCAUUCUGAAAUCGACCACAACCACUGAAGCCGGGGGUUCGUUUCGAGGAAAAGUCGUGUCCCUUUGGGAUCUCCUCUACUCCAAGUACGUAAGUGAAGAGAAAAGGAGGGAACUCGUGCAGCAGUCCAAAUCUGGGGUCAUCACGAGUGAGCGCUUCCUGGAAAUCCUACUGACAAUAAUUGAGCAGGAGACAGGCUGUGGUGCAAAGUCAAAGACGGAGCAAAAAGAAACGCACUCCACCACAACUACUACAACGCUUACAGACAGCACCAAGGUCUCACAAUUCAAGGGUUUAAGAAGGGCGGUCACUGCCGCCGACCUUUUCGAUUCAAAAAUCAUCGACAAGCAGCUGUACGAUGAGCUGAGCGCCGGAAAGAUCACAGCUGACGAUGUCAGUCAAAUGGAUUCGGUGCGCAAGUACCUGCAAGGGACAAACAGCAUAGCUGGUGUGUUUGUUCAGUCCACCGGUCAGACCAUGAGCAUCUACGACGCAAAGUCCAAAGGCCUCCUCACUCCCGGAACGACCCUGGUGCUACUCGAAGCCCAAGCCGCUACAGGGUUUCUGAUCGACCCCGUCAACAACAGGAAGCUCUCUGUAGACGAGGCGGUAGCUGCGGGCGUGGUGGGCUCGGAGCUGAAAAGCAAACUGCUUUCCGCAGAGAAGGCAGUCACAGGCUACACGGACCCCUACACGGGGGGCACCAUUUCCCUGUUCCAGGCCUUGAAGAAGGACCUGAUAGUCAAGGAUCACGGCAUUCGCCUCCUGGAGGCGCAGAUUGCCACCGGAGGCAUCAUCGACCCAGUGCACAGCCACCGAGUGCCUGUGGAAGUGGCGUACCAGCGGGGAUAUUUUGACGCGGAAAUGAACCAAAUUCUGUCCGACCCGGACGACGACACCAAGGGCUUCUUUGACCCCAACACUCAGGAGAACCUCACGUACUUGCAGUUGCUGGAGAGAUGUGUGAAAGAUGAAUGUACUGGUAAUUCCUUACUUCUUUUAAAAAAAUGAUAUCAAUUUUUUGUU